AUGGUCCUCGCACUAGCUCUCAAAGCUGAGCUCAACGGUGUGACAGACCUCCGCCCACUAGACACUGAAGAUGCACCUUUCUUCUACACUUUCAAGGUGCAAUGCACGUCGUGUCGCGAGACACACCCCAACUUUGUCUCGAUAAGUCGCUUUGAGCAGAACGACAUCAGCGGCAGCAAAGGCGAAGCCAACUUUGUCUGGAAGUGCAAGAACUGUAAGGUCUCUCUGCCCAUGCCGACAGUUUCUCAACAUCGCCUGACGACCCACCAGAGAGAACACUCAGCCAACAUCAAGGCGCCACCCAAGACCUACGAACGGACGGACCCACCGAAGACGGUCAACAUACUCGAGUUUGACUGCAGGGGGCUGGAAUUCACAGAGUUCAAGGCCGAGGUUGGCACCAAAUUCGCCAGCAUUGACCUUGCCGAAGACGAAUGGUUCGACUACGACGAGAAGGCUGGAGAGGAGGUCAGCAUUACAGGCGUGACCUGGGAGAUUCGAAGAGCGUAG